GUGUUUUGCAGGUGAGAAUUUGCUCUAUUAAAUAGUGUUACUUUGCUCUUUGUCUUUUCCAUGGAAAUAAAUAGGAAGCAUUAUUUUUGGAGCAACCUACAAGCACAUAUGAAGUAAAUCAAACAGUAUAAAAUAUCCUGCAGGGGAAAAAGAGGGAUUCUGUAAGUAAAUAAAAUGGUAAUUUAAAGAAAAUGGAAAAACUUUUAACUUGAAGCCUGAAAUACAAGGUUAAGGAUCUUCUUUGCACUGAAACCCUGAAACCCUAUCUAUUUCUGAAGAAAGACUCAAUGAAGUGUCUGUCCCUGAAUACUGAGCAAGAGUCUGUGGAAGUCUGCAGAGAGCAGAGUAGAGGGGGGUAAGAAACCACAUGGUUUCAACUUGCAAAUGUAGUUCACCUUCAUGUGGUAAUUGUAGGGUUAAUCCGUAAAACUACAGACAACCUGACCUCUGCUGCCAAGAAAUGCCCAGAUAAUGUAAGCUAAUGCUCCCUAAAAGCUCAUAAUGGAGUCCCAAAAGUACUAGUUUUCUUUACGCUUUUUGUGUUGGCGUUUUCUUUUUCUCACAUAUGAAAACAAGUUGCAACAUCCCGUUACUCUACCACAAUAACACAAGACUAUUUUAAAGCUGUUGCUUGCUUUAAAAAAAUCUUGUAAAAUCCACUGUGUGUUUUUGAGCUUCUAGAUGUACUGAGAGCAUCUUCUUUGACACUGUAGUGAGAUAAAACUGCUGACAAAUGCCCUCUGUGCUAAUGAGAUGUGGCAGUUACUUACCAGGUGCUAGCUCUGGGUGGGAUCAGAAAGCCACUGGCUUUACACCUGCGUUCCACAAUGGGCUGUGCUGUGUAUUUCACAACCCGGGUGGGUCGCUACUGAAAGAGGAUCAAGAACUGUGGCUGCUUGGUCUGACUGCACUCUUGCACUUUGCUGGGCUACCUAGCAGAGAGCCAGGCGAAACUAAGCUUGCUCACUUUUCCCCCAUGAAAUUCUAAAAUCCUGUUUUUAACACACCUGAAUAAUGCCUGCAGUGAACAUAUUGCGUACGUUAGUGACGACUCUGAUUAUCUGAACCCCCUAGUAAUUGCUUUGUUUCAGAGCACGUAAAUCAUUGAUAUGGUAAACAGAACCUUCGGUAGACUGAUGGUGAUGCUAUUGCGUCUGAAAGGAGCAACUCUUCCAUAAGCUACCCAAUUUUCUGGGACUCCAGUGAAGGGAAACAAAAUGAAGGAACUAACGUCAAACAGUACAACCAAUAUAUCUCAAGCUAGGAAAGCUGUGGAGCAAUUAAAAAUGGAAGCAUACAUGGAUAGGAUGAAGGUAUCCAAGGCUGCAGCAGACUUACUGGCAUACUGUGAUGCUCAUAUUGGAGAAGAUCCCCUUAUAAUCCCAGUGCCUGCAUCUGAAAAUCCCUUCAGGGAGAAGAAACUCUUUUGCACAAUCCUUUGAGUCGGUUUUCAAGUAAAAAUAUUGUAUGUUAAAAUUUGGUAUCAGUGAUGCAUGUUUUUGGAUUUAGCAUAUCUUCCUCGGAUAUGAAUAUUUAACCUAGGAUGACAGUGUUUUUAGAAGGUAGUGCAUUUCCUCUUAAUAAAUAAAUAAAAUAAAAAUAAAAAUCUUAAAAAAAAUCAAGGUAAUCCUUAUUUUUCAGACCAGUGCAUAAAUUUCAUUUCAGUUUUCAUAAACGUUCCGUGUUUCUUAAUGAAAGUAUCUAGAACAGUAUCGAGUUGUAGAUAUCUUUGGCAGUCAUAGAUUUUUCUGAGACCUAAAUGAGUCAUACCAACUAUGAAGCUAUUUUUAACGUUCUUAUUUUCUUCAGAAGGUGAAUUUAAUUCAUCUGCCUUUACAAAUUUUUAUCUAAAAAGAGUAGUGUGACCUUUCCACGAGAGGCACUAUUAAGGAAAAAAUGCCAGUGAUCUACGAUGUUUGGAACGGUCAGUCUUUAUACAAUAAGUGAUGUUUAUAAAUAUGUUUUGUGAAAGCUGAAAUAAACUGGACUACAAAAACAAUCUGAAUAAGGAAGUACUGUAACUACAGGUAAAAUGAAGAUGCAUGGUUAUAUACUACGACUGCAUCAAUAAAACUUUGGGGAAACAUG